AUGGCAAACAAUUCUCAAUUAGUAAUAAGUAAAAAGAUUGCUGUAAUAAUACUCAUAGCCAAUUGUUUAAUUUUAUAUUUAUUAUCAUCGGGCCAUAAAGAACAAUGUGUUGUCAUAAAUCAAAUAUCGAAAAUUAGAAAUGAUAAAUUAGUUAGUGUAAAUGAUCCUAUUAUUUAUGGGAUUACUCCUACUUAUGCAAGGGGCGAACAAAAAGCAGAACUAACCAGGUUAUCUCAGACUUUGUUGCACGUCCCCAAUUUUCAUUGGAUAGUUAUAGAAGACUCUAGUAGCAAAACACCUUUGGUGACAAAAUUUUUAGAAGAAAGUGGUUUGUCAGUCACACACCUAUUUGCAAAGACUCCACGAACCUAUGCCUUAGGAGCUAAGGAUGAUCAUUGGUCAAAGCCCAGAGGUGUUGAACAGCGAAAUGCAGCCCUAACAUGGCUCCGAGACAACCUAUCUUCCAAAGACAAAGGUGUCAUUUACUUCAUGGACGAUGACAACAGUUACAGUAUCAAAAUAUUUGAAGAAAUGCGGAAGAUUAAGACUGUAGGAGUGUGGCCGGUUGGUCUGGUCGGUGGUUUGAAGGUAGAAAGACCUUUAGUGGAUCCACAAACUGGUAAAGUCACAGGUUUCAACAGCGCUUGGAGACCUGAACGCCCUUCCAUUGACAUGGCGGGUUUUGCAAUCAAUUUACAAUUGAUUCUGAACACACCGGAUGCUAAGUUCUCAUUUAGAGUGCAAGGGGGUUAUCAGGAGAGCGUAAUUUUGAAGCAUUUGACAACUGUGGCGGAUUUGGAGCCUCUGGCUGAUAAGUGUACGAAAGUUUAUGUAUGGCAUACUAGAACUGAAAAGCCUAAUUUGAAAAGGGAGAAUGAAUUGUUGAAGAAAGGGAUGCAAUCGGAUGAUGGGAUAGAAGUUUAGAUUAUAAAUUAAUUUAUUUUUUUAUUUAUUUGGAAUUGACAUGGUAUUUAUGUGCACCAAUCAGUAUUUAUACCCAGAAUAUGAGUAAAAGAAUAAAAACCUAACCUAACUGACAUGAACUUUCCGACAUGUGUAAGUAAUU